GUUAAGAGAGAACAAAAGUCAAAUAAGUUAAGAAGUUGUGAGAAAACUUUAAUUAAAAUUUAUAUAAUAUCAAGCCUGUUAAAUUUCUAGUUUAACACCACGGCUGAAGAGUGUAUUGCCAACAAGAGGGGUGCCCUAGAAUGCCAAUGUUUAAGGGCACACAAUCAAUAUCGUUUGCAACAUAAUGUUGGACCUUUGACUAUAAGUAAAAAAUUAACUAAAACAGCUUCCGUUUGGGCUAAGAAACUGGCAGCCAAAGGCGACAUGCAACAUAGUCCUGGCAACAAAUAUGGUGAAAAUCUUUAUGUUUGUAAUGGUUGUUCUAAAGUUACUGGAGAUAUGCCAGUUAAAGCUUGGUAUGAUGAAAUCGAUUUGUAUGAUUUUGAGUUAUCAGAAUUUACUCUCGGCACUGUUCAUUUCACUCAAGUCGUUUGGAAGGAUACUAAAGAAUUGGACAUAGGUUUUUCGAAGAAAGGUAAAAAAUUCUUUUUGGUUUGUAAUUACUUUCCACCCGGUAAUUAGAAAAUGUUUUGCCUAAAAAUUAAACUUUGUCGAAUGCAUUAAAUUUGAUUCUUUAGAUUAGAUAAAAUUGAAUAAAAAUUGUACCCCAAA